AUGGCGGAGGAUGGGAAGGACGACUCGGUGGCUACUGACGACGAUUCCGACCAAACAGCAGCAGACGGGAGCCUGAACAACACGAUGGUGGAAGAAGGCUCCACUCUGCUGCGCAGGAUGGAGAUCUGUGUGGCCGAGGCUGAGAAGAGGAGCGGCAAGAACGCAGUGAGCAUGCAGGAGACGUUCACCGUGUACCUCAUCGAAACCAGGCCAAUGGACGCAGUGGCUGAUGGUCGUAACCCGGCGCCUGACUCUCUGUGGAGGCGAUACAGUGAGUUUGAGCUGCUGCGGAACUACCUGAUCGUCACCUAUCCCUACAUCGUGGCGCCCCCUCUGCCUGAGAAGAGGGCGGAGUUUGUGUGGCACAAGCUGUCCGCGGACAACAUGGACCCAGAUUUUGUGGAGCGCCGCAGAGUCGGGCUGGAGAACUUUCUGCUUCGUGUGGCUUCUCAUCCAGUGCUCUCCAAUGACAAGAUCCUCUACCACUUCCUCACUGAGGAAAAUGGCUGGAAGGAAGUCGUGUAUGAGACAGGAUUUCAGGCAAAGGCAGACUCCAGGCUCAGAGCUCUCAGUGCCACCUUCAGGGUUAGAAAUCCAGAUAAACGCUUCAUGGAAAUGAAACACUACAGCGACGAGCUUCAGUCUCACACAUCUCAGCUGCUCCGAGCACGAGCACGGGUCGCAGAUCGACUGUACGGUGUUUACAAGGUCCACGGCAACUAUGGAAGAGUCUUCAGUGAGUGGAGCGCCAUCGAGAAGGAGAUGGGAGAUGGGCUGCAGAGUGCUGGUCAUCAUAUGGACGCAUACGCUGCCUCAAUAGAUGACAUCUUAGAAGAAGAGGAGCAUUAUGCAGAUCAGCUGAAAGAAUAUCUUUCCUAUGCUGAAGCUUUGAGGGCAGUGUGCAGGAAGCAUGAGCUGGCCCAGUUUGAGCUUGAGAUGGCCUCCCAGGACCUCAUCUCUAAGAAGCAGCAACGUGAGGAACUUGCUACAGGGAUAGUACGGACAUUCUCUUUCAAAGGCAUGACCAACAAGCUUUUUGGACAAGAAGCACCCGAGCAGAGGGAGGCCAAGCUGAAGCUACUGGAGGAGCUGAUCACAGAGGGGGAAGAGACUGUCAAGGAGAAAACCGUGGAGUGCGAAGAGCAUGUUGAAAGGGCAUGGGUGGACAUGCAGCGAUUCAAGGAGCAGAAAGACAAAGAUCUACGGGAAGCACUCAUCAACUACGCUGUCAUGCAGAUCAGCAUGUGCAAGAAGGGAAUACAAGUGUGGAGCAACGCCAAAGAAUGUUUCCUCAAGAUGUGAAGCUGAAGCCAUAGUCAGAGGAUUUCAGAGAUGCUCCGUUGUGGAUUCUCGGAAAUGAUGCCAAUGUUUUCUGGUUGAAACAUACAAAAGAUUAAGCACUUAAUUAGCAAUAGAGAAUUAUAUUAACUGUUAACCUUGUGUGGAGUGAACAGACAGGGUGGGGGUGGAUUUCUGAAGCACAUGAACUGCACACUGGAAAACAGUUCAUAGGUUGGAGUUUAAAAAAAAAAAUUAACCAAGACCAUUUUCUCUAACCGUCAACAGGCACUUUGCUGCUUUUACAGGUUAAAGUCGGCUAACUAGUUGUGAGAUUGGUUAAUGGACUUUGACAGUUUAGGAGUGGGUAUGGAGUGUGAAAGAUGUGGGCAUUCACCAGGCAAGGAAACAAACUGUUAUGGUUCAUUAUGCUCAGUGUAGGCAGGAUUGCUGCACUCUUCAUUAAAAAUGAGGCACUUUGUGGUUUGAAGUGAUCCCAGCGCUGGUGGCAGCGCGGCAGCUGUCGCAGGUGUCAAUGAAUGUUGAGACUAAAUGUUUUUGCCGCUUUUAAUUUAUUGUACAAAUAAUCAUUUUACAUGUAAACACAGCCAUAUUUAUAGCACAGCCAUUGUUUUUAACUUAUUUAAGGUGAGUUUGUCAGGUAGUGUCGCUGUUAUAAAAUCAGAAGUUGAGCAUUGAAGAGCAGAGGGUUGUCUGAGUGUCUUGAUGGGCUGUGUUUCAGUCACCGUCUCAUAUCUGUUCCACUGUCAGACAGCAGACACUGAAAAUAUGUAAGUGAGAAGAGAUUUAUUGGAUAUUUGGCUAUAUUAAAUUACAGUAAAUGUGAGCACAAAGAGUCGCAGCCCUGGGUUCUGGGGUUACAGGAGCAGCAGCCAGUGGCUUGCUUUGAUUUGCAGUUGAUGGCCACCAGGUCACCAGUGUUGUGGAAAUUUUCUAUGAUCUUAAUAAGGUCCAGACGUCUGAGUUGUCUUUGUUUUGUUUUAUUCAAAGCUUUGAAGGUACAGGUCAUACAGAGUGCAAGCAGUCUGCAGGAGAGUCCACAUGAGUGCAGGCAGCCUGGUAUUCUUAUACAUGUACAGGCGUGGCCUUCGCUACAACGGUACUAUAACAAUCUUAUGCUGGAAAACAACAGCUGGGGGUCCAGGGUGCACUCAUCCACAGACAUUAGAAGACUAAACACAUUGGAUGCAACAAGGCUGUGUUUCCUAUAAUCGUCUUGACAUGAACAACUUCUUCUUCCUCCUGUACGGUCACUAAUCUUUUACCCAGAUGUUAUGAAAACACAUUUCCUCUCAUUGGGCCUGUAACCUUUCCACUCAGCUGUAAUGAAACUUAAUGAAACUUGCU